AUGUUGACCGUCAGCACAGAGGGCGUGCUAGAGUGGUGCUUGGGUGUCCAGUACGCCCUGCGCACCAUUGGCGCGUAUCUUCAGCUCGGUUUUUCCCUCGGGGCGGUGCAGGCACGCCACGCCUGCGUGCCGUACCAGCUCGCCGUGUACAAGGCGGCGUGUGCGUGGCGCUACAUCACCGCCGCACCAGAGGACGGACCAAUUUACCUCGAGGGGCCCGACGACGAGAGCUCGACACAAACGUCGACUGGUCAAGCUAUCAAAAUAGUCGCCCCGCUGUGCGCGCAGGCGAGCGGCGCCGUUGACCCCCUACUUUUCCUGGCAGAGCUGCUGGCCAAGCUCGACUCACUCGCCGCCAUCACACACGGCGAAGCGGUCGACGUGCGGCUGCUCCAGCGACUCAUGCAUCAGGACAUUCUUGUUUGUGAGCAGCGCCACGCGCAGAUCGCCGCCGGCGUGGCGGUUCCGAGUAAGAGCAGCCACGCUAGCGAGGAGAACAUUGUCUUCCGUCUUUCCGAGACCGAUGCCACGUAUGCCUCGGUGGUGGCAGCCGGGCACCCAACCACCAUCACGUACCGCGACUUGGUUAUCCUCAUAACGCUGCUCAGUGAGGCCAUCGCGUGGGACCUCCUGUGGAUCCACGAAGGACAAGACCGACAAAGGGCGCAACAGCAGUCGAAGAUAGUCGACGCUGCUGCAGCAGCACCGGUGCUACUGCCGCCGCCGCCGCGCCCGACUGAAGCGGACUGUCUGGCGCUCAUGCUGCCCAACUCGGUGGAAUACAACGCGGUGUGGAUAGCCGCAGCGCGGAGUGGGCCGCUGCACACCCUCCUCGACGUUCUCUACCGCAACAGCAACAGCGAGCAGCCCAAGACAGAGCGUGGCACCUACCGCCCUUGCCGGACUGCGCUGCUGAACACAAAUCUGGCAAGCAACACCAUGCUCUACCGCGCGAUAGAGUGCUCGGGAAGCGUCAUGAUAGUGAUGGACGUCGCCUACGUGCCUCUCCUCUUCUGCAGCCGAACGAGUGACGACGCCGACGACGAGAGCGUGACGUCAAAACUCGAGCUGCACGUGCCGCCUCAUGUGAAGCGCAUCUACCUCUGGCGCAGCACCAACGCUGCGGGGCAGCCCGUAUCCAGUGCCAUGACAGCAGAAAUGGAGGAGCUGCUUCGGGCCUUCAACGCAAACGCCUACGGCAACGCCAAGUCGCUGAAGGCAGCGUACGCGUCUGCCGGCGACAGUUUUGUGGCCCCGCCGUCCACGCCGCCGCUGGAUCUCUACAACGUGGUGCAGCCUUUCUUCUUGCGCGCCCAAGCCAACCCGGCCUUCACGGUAGACGACGUGCGCCAUACCUACCUUAUCAGCAGCCCGCGCGUGCGCCUACUCAUGCACGUCAUCCUUUCCCGCCCGCCGCCGUCGUGGAAGUCGAUGCUGGCCCUGGACAAACCUUCCUCCGCCAAGAAUGGCAGUGUGGAGCCGUACGCGACAGCCGCCGGCUCAGUCAAGAGUCGACAGCAGCUGCAGCACUAUAAGGCCAAGAUGGCCUCCAUCCUUUCCCGCCUGCUUCGCCGGUUCCAUCACACGCAGCCUAUCCUCUUUAUCUACACCUCCGGCACAUCGGGCUUGCCCAAGGCCGCACGGUUCAGCCACCUGCGCUUCUUCGCGACCGGCUUCCUCUCCCGUGUCUUGCACUACCGUGACAAGAUUGCCGAGACCGUUGUGCAGCAGAUGAACGAGGUGGACUACGUGGCCGCGCACCCGGCAGCAGCGGGAGCAGCGUCAGUACCUGGGCUGCCACAACAGCAGCAGCAGUCUUCCUCUUCUCCCCCCACCUCCCUCACACGGCCGCCCGCGUCCGGCAAGCGGGAAACACCAAGAGAAAAGACGGACAAAGUCGGCAUGCCUACCGUCGCGAGCAGUAUCGAGUACCACUGCCCAGCUGUGCCGCACGUCUUCGGCAUCGAGUCCCUGGACUUCACGUGCCGCGAGCGCAACAUCGUCGAGGCGGCCCUUUUUGCCCUCUGGAGCGCCUCCCUGUGGUGUCUUCGCCUCUUCGCGGCAGCCCUCGGGCUGGAAUACUUCGUCACCUCCGCGGUGGAGCAGCGGCUCUACACGCCGGCGCAGCUCGCCGCCAUCGAGAAGGAGCGCCGCCUCAUCACAUUGUAUAACUGCCUGCCCAUGUGUCAUACCGUCGGCAGCGUCUUCUGCCUUGGUCAUCUCUUGCACGCACUGGAGGAGCAGCAGCAUGCCUGGGCGCAAAUACGCCGUUGCGCGCCGCGCCACACCCGCCUCGCCGCGACCGUGCCCACUGUGCGCAUGAUUAUCCGCACCAAGUUCAGCGCCUCGCAGUUCCGCAAGGACCUGCAGCGCUACCACGUCACGGUUGUCCAGUACAUCGGCGAGGUCUUGCGGUACGCUGUGCUGUACGAGCGCAGCCACUCCCCCGUCCAGGCCGCGCCACCCUCCGCUGACGCGACGGCAGAGACGGCGUCGAUAACGACGGAAACGGAUGCAUUGGCGGUGCUGAACCGCACGGCAUGGCGGGUGCCGUACGCCUUCGGCAAUGGACUGCGCCAGGACAUCUGGCUCGAGUGCAUGCGCCGCCUGAACAUCGCGCACCCGGUUGAGUUCUACAGCUCCACCGAGGGCAACAUUUUUCUCUUGAACCUGUUUGGCAUGCCGGGCAUCGUGGGACACAUCCCGCGCUUCCCGCGCCCGAUCGAGUGGCUCAGUAUGCAGUACAUCCCCUUCUUCCCAUUCCGUGUGUUGCGGUUCAAUGAGGAAACGCAACAGGUAUACCGCGACCCCAAGACGGGAUACUGCUCUCACUGCGACGUCGGCGAUGUGGGCGAGGUGGUGGGAGAGGUGAUCGAGGGCUUCGACAUGUUCGCGCUUCGCCGCUUCGAUGGAUACAACAAGGCCCACCACGGCGCUGCUCCUGCCGACGGCGCCUCCAUCGGCGACAGCAGCGGCGGCACGAAGGCGAAGGUGACGGCGCCAGCCGACCAGGAAGAGGAUAAGGCGGCUCGGGAGAGCAAGAUCGCUCGCCAUGUGCUGUGGCCGCACCGCAACGACUGCUACUUCCUCUCUGGUGACCUCAUGCGAACGGACCGCUUCGGUUUCUGCACAUUCGUCGACCGCAUCGGUGACACCUUCCGCUGGAAGGGCGAGAACGUCAGCACGCUUGAGGUGUCCAACGCCCUCAACUCCGUCCACACAACGCGCGUCGGGGUACAGGAGGCCGUCGUGUACGGUGUCGAGCUGCCAGGGCGUGAGGGGCGAGCUGGUAUGGCCAUGCUGAGCCUGCAGCCGCGGCACCUGUGCUCUUCUUCAAACGGAUGCAGCAACACGAGCCCCAGCUCAUCGUCGUCGCGGCGGCAGUCCCUCACCCUCGCCGAGGAGCGUCACUUUCUCCAAAACGAUCUGUACGGCUUUCUCACUGGCAAAGUGCGGCGCAACGGUGAUGGGACGGAGAAUCAGGCGAUGCUUCCGGCCUCCGCGAUUCCGCUAUUUCUGCGCAUGCAUGAUCUGGUGGCGGACGACAGCCAGGAUGGCGACAACGAGGUGAUCUCCUCCGAAGUGCCGUUGAACAAGCACGCUGGGGACGAGGAGGCCACACGGACGUCUACGUUCAAGUACAAGAAAGGCAUCCUCAUCAACCAGGGCUACGAGUUCGACGGGAGCUCGACGACUUGCGCGGAGGUGCCAGCAAGUGCGUGGGGGAGCAAUAUUACUGGCGACGAAGAGGCGACGACGACAUCGUACGUGCGCGUCUACGUACUUGUGUCCAGCCAGGCGGCGCUGAAGGAAUUGGCGUUGCCACCGGUAGGCUCGAAGGGUGCCAGCGGUGUCCCACAUGCCACCGGCUACGUCCCACUAACAGCUGCGACUCGUGCCAUUCUCGGCGCGAACAUGGAAAACUGCGGCUGGUAA